AUGGGUCUGUUGGUGAGAAUCAACAAUGGAGGCCCAUUAUAGAGGACGUUUCUGUGUGCUUUAACGACGUAGACCGUGUGUUAUUGUCAAAUAUUAGCUUCCUUUCAUUGUUUUGUUCAUAUGGUUUAUAUGUUAUGCAUUGAAUGAAAAUUUUAAUUAUGUUUGGAGUUUUAAUUAUUAUUCUUUUAGUUUCAUGUGACAAAGUUAUAAUAUUGAAUACACUAUUUUGAUCGUGAUGGUAAAUGUCGUAUACCAGUCAAUAUGAUAGCAUAUGUAGCGAAUAGUUUAGGUGUUAGGUAGCCAAUGAUCAUGUAUUUAAUAGCUCCUGGUAAUAUUUAGGCUUACCGUACAGCAAUCAAGCGCGUUGUUAGUCACCAAAACGUUGAAAAUAAAGAAUGUGGAAGUUAUCAGACAUCGGGUGUGCCAUUUGACGUUGACCCUUGUGUUACAGAUAAGGGGCAUGCAGGCAUAAAUGCGUGUAAAAAAUUAGAUGGUACGCUUCUAAAAUUAAGAUAGAGCGGACUGAAUAAGCAUGGUGACUUGUGUGUACGCCUAAAUUCCUGAAAAGUAUAGUGUACAUGCGAAAUUUAAAGCAAACAGUCCUGUCAAAAUCAAAAGUAGAUCUCCUAAGUAGUUUACGUGCAUGAUGUGUUAGUUUUCAGAACUGGAAGGUUACAGCAAAAGCUCAUGUAUCACUACCAGCAGUCGUGGAGAAUGACUACUAUGAUAUUUGUAUCUGUGACAUUCUGUAGUGUUUGCCAUGAAGAAGAUGUAACCAGGGCUGGAAAAAUGGUCAUUUGGGUUACUAUUGUAACCGUGCCUGGGGCGAGGCAACAGGUUAGCUUUGGCUAACAUUAGGGGAUGCCAGGUGGUAGGUAAACAAGUGAAACAGACACAAAAUCAGAGUGAGUGAUGUGUAUUGCUGCCAUCUGGGUGACCUGCCAGGCUGAUGACUGUCCAGGAUGGUGACUAACUCCUCACUCUCACUUCACUUUAGGGCUGGACUUUUAUAGCCCCAGUGAGGACCUUCGAGAAAGCAUUUAACUACACAGCUGUGGGUGUUUACUCAGUACAUGACUUAACUAAGAUUUGCGUUUCCAAAACAUUGGAAACACUGCAUAUAAAGACAGUCAAAGGUACAUGUAAGAACAUUUAUACUCUAGAGGUAUCCAAAAUAUGAAAAGCCUUCUACCUCUGCUUUUAUAACUAAACAUCGUUUAAUUGCUAUGAAACCACUCUAACUCAUUUAAUUUUGCUGUACAUCCUCAAUAACUUUUUGAAUAUCAUUGCACCUGUAAGCUAGUAACCAUGAUGACAAAGUACAAAUUAAUACAUAGUCAUAUGCAAUAUCCCUACCUAAUAUGAAUCACUAGUGAUAAAUUUCGUGUUGCCAAAAAUGCAGGAAGCCAAAUCCUAACUACAGCAAGUACUGCUAUUGUACUGCACUAAAGCAUCCUAAUAUCGCUCUCAGUGUAUGGGUUUAAUUCUGCACUGAUCGUCAGUUAUUUGUGCUAUGUUAAAGUGUGAGUUGGGAGUUCAAUCGGAAGACAGGCAGCUAACAACUGUUCAACUAACCCACAAAUGUAUUUGUGAAUAAGAAUAAGAAUGACGACAGCAACUGAGAGUUUACCAGAGCUCUUAAGUUCAUGAAGUCCUAUAUAAUUGUGCUUGGAGCGAAUUCAGGCCAAUAAUCUCUGCCACAUUGCUAGGAUAGUCCAUGGUGGAAGGAAUGCUGAUGUGAUACAGGGUUGUAAGUGUGAGUAGGGGAGGUAAGUUUUGUGAGCAUAGAAAUGCCUGUGUUACUGAUGUGUCUGAUUUCAUAAGAUCAAGUCAACCUUGGAAAUAGGUUUUGAUUGUCAACAUUUAUCAUGCUGGGCGGUGAGAAGAAAUUAACUAAGACUAACUUUUUGAAGCCAACUUGUGGACCCAAUAUGGCUUAUUUCAAUAAAUGAAUGAUGCCAUUGUCAACUUACAUUUCUACUCUCAACUUGUUAAUUUAUUUAGAGCUCUGUGUAAAAUCUCGCGAUAAAACCAGAGCCCCUUCUUAAAAUUUCCCAAGGCAAGACCCUCUGUCUAAAUCUGAAUGUAACAAGUUGUCAGGCAGUAUGUUAGUAUCACUAUGGUAGACUAGCAGGGUUGUCAUUAUAUUACUGAGCAGAAUUUUACACUGGAAAAGUAGCCAGAUAACUUAGGAGCUUUGGUAAGUGACAACCUUCUCAAUUUUUCACAUAGUAGCAGUCUGCAGGUAGCUCUUAACUGUCCUCUGAUUAAUCCCUUAACUAGUUUUCAUUCCAUAAGCUAAGAGUUAUUCCUCACUUAUUUAGGUGUUAUGACAUUCAUUUGUUGGUUGAUGACAUAUCAGAUGGAAAAAAUUAAGUGUUGACAUUUAACUGUGUGAACUAGGCUAGGCUCUGCCUCAACAGUCCCUCCUGUCUGAUGUUAAAAGUCGUGGGUUGAUGAUUUGUCGUUUGACUAGGGAACAUCUUCUACUUCUCUUUGCAUAAUUAGGCAAGGUAAACUGUAAGCUUUUUGUAGAAAAUCAGGCAUCAGGAGUUUUUACUGUUGACAGCUUUUAUGACAUUCUGAUUUCAAGUACAUAUUCGCGAGAUUUAUUUGAAAAACUCAAACUACAUGUGUAACAUUUGCUUUUGCUUCUAUUUCUCAGGGAGUGUCAGUGUGAUGGAACAGCCUAGGAAUCCUGAUUCUGCUAGAUGGUUAGCCAUCACUGAAUACAAUUGUGUUUGUGAAUUUUCAUUCUUCAGUAAUAUUAUUAUUGUAGAAUCCCAAGAGAAAGCCUCAGCCAUGGCUAAUAAGGGAGAGGAAAAAGUAGUUCCCGCUGUUGGGGUGAACUUGACGGCAAACUUGAGUGAUGUCUCAGUAUUUUCCUAUACUGGACUAUGUGUUGUUCUGCUGAAGAAAUACUUCGAAGACAAAUGGCAUAGAGAUUUCAAGCUGAAGACAGUUCAUCAGCUUGAAGAGCAUUUAGAUCUGCCAGCUCAGGUGCGAGAAUCAAUGUAUGCCAUUCUGGAUGAAGAAGGAAUUGAGGAUGUUGACCCAUUUGUUACUGCCCUCCUGGAAGACCCAUUUUUGCAGAAAUCUGGACUCACUAUUGUCUUUGAUCUUUUGAUUCUUGGCUUGAAAGAUGGUAAGUUUUCAUCCCGUAUGCGUUUCCUGAUAAAGAGGGUAGCCUGGAACCUGCGAGUGAAGUGGGAAGAGGUGGAACAUCUAGAGCUUAGUGUGGUGGAAAAUCUCUCCACCAAUCAGUACCUCAUGUCAGAAGAGGAGCAGAAAGAGAAAGCAAGUCAUGCAAAAAAACAGAGGAUAAAGAGGAUAGCCCUGAUCAGCUUAGCCACUAUUGGUGGAGGAACGCUGAUAGGUUUAACAGGUGGUUUAGCAGCACCCCUGGUGGCUGCAGGAGCUGGGGCGAUCAUAGGUGGCGCUGGUGCUGCUGCUCUAGGCUCUGUGGCUGGAGUGGCUGUGAUUGGUUCCUUGUUUGGUGUGGCAGGAGCUGGGAUUUCAGGGUAUAAAAUGAAGAAGAGAGUGGGAGCGGUGGAGGAAUUUGAGUUUGAACCCCUCAUCCAUGGAGGUCCUCUUCAGUCUAAGGACACCCCAUCUCGACAACUUCAUAUCACCAUCGCAGUCACUGGCUGGCUGAAUAAAGAUAUGAAAGAUGUGAGGAAGCCGUGGAAGUGUCUGAUGAAUUCCAACGAGCAGUACUGCCUGCGGUAUGAGACAGAGCACCUGCUAGCAUUUGGCACAGCCUUUGAUUAUAUUCUCAGUGUGGCCAUGUCCAUGGCAGUCCAGGAGUCCCUCAAAUAUACCGUUUUGUCAGGUAUCUUGGCUGCAGUGGCUUGGCCAGCUGCCCUUGUGUCUGCUGCUAACGUGAUUGAUAACCCUUGGAGUGUAUGUGUACAGAGGUCAGUGGGUGCAGGCAAGCAGCUUGCAGAAGUGCUGCUCGCACGUGAGCAGGGCCACAGGCCAGUCACACUGAUUGGAUACAGUUUGGGUGCAAGAGUUAUCUUCUCUUGUCUAGAGGAACUUUCCAACAGAAAAGGGUGUGAGGGAAUUGUAGAGGAUGUGAUACUCUUGGGAGCUCCAGUAAGCGGAAGUUCUAAACACUGGGAACCAUUUGGUAGAGUGGUUGCAGGAAAAAUUGUCAAUGGUUACUGCAGAGGAGACUGGUUACUGAAGUUCCUGUACAGGACUUCCUCAGUACAAAUUAAAAUUGCCGGUCUUCAUCCAGUGCGAUGGGAAGACAGACGCAUGUGUAACAUAGAUCUCAGUGAUUUGGUUACUGGUCAUAUGGACUACCUGAUCAAACUGGAGGAGAUCCUGAAUGUGAUUGGUGUACGAACGAUCAGCAGCAGUGGCCACCCUAUUAAAUCUACAUCAUCCCAAAGUCUUGCCAGUCCCACAGCCAAACCUAGUUCUCCCAGUAAGGAAAACCCUGCCGCAGAAAACAACAACAGGGAGCCUGGAGCAAUAAGCCAGGUGGCUAAAUCUGAUUCUGAUGUCAGCGUUGGAAAUGUUCCCCAGAAAGCUAAAGGUCAGGACGAAUUGGCUGGCCACACUGCUGAGGUUACUGGGAACGCUCUGCUUCAGUCGUCAAAUAAGACUGCAUUAGGGUCACAACCACAGAAGUCUUUAGAGGAGAAGUUUACUGAUCUUGGGCUGGAAAACAGAAAUGAUAGCAUAAGGACAGCCACAGAGGAGAGGGUGUAUGUACCUCCUAGAAGAUCACAAGGUGCACAGAACUCAGCGCUCAGGUAUGACACAGAGAACACCAAUCCUUGAGCAGAACUGGAGCUCUACAGGAGAAAACCGACAGGUGUAUUAAGUAUAUAAAAACGGGACUAGCUGAGGAAAAAUUGUGAAGGUAAAUGUUAGUGUAACAAAUUAUUAAUAAAUCGUACUAGAGAUUAAUUAAAGGGGUAUACGCCAGAUGCCAGUCAUAUUCUUAAAAGCAGAUAAAUGAACACAGUUGGCAGUGGAUUGAAAUAUAUUACUGUAUGAACCUGAAGUUCGUCCAAGACUGAGUUGCACAUUUUGCAUGAUGUGGAAGUUAUAUUGAUGUCAGAAAGCUGGUCUGAGGUUUGUUUUGAAAGAUGAAUGAAAGGAGAAAAUGUGAGAUGAUGCAGGCAAAGUAAUGUUUUCUGACCUGUACUUGCCACAUGUUGGGCCAUUUUUAGGGCAAAUAAAGCAUUUAGUGAUUUUCUCUCUGUCGGGUUUAGAACAAUUCCACAAUUGGUAUGGUGGACGUAUGUUGCUGGAAACUGAGAACUCAGGAGGUUUUGUUAUAUUCACUGACUUCCCUAUCUUUUCAGGUGAGCCUUAAAUCAUGACCAGGUUUUAAACCAAAGUUAUAGAUAUCAUGACUGAUAGAAUGAAACUCAAGAGGGCUAUCAUGCCCUGACACAUGUUAUCAGAGCAACUAGAAAACAUGGAAAGGCAAAAUUUUAGAUACAAAAACAUUUUUGUACUUUUUCAAAAUUUUAAUUUCAUUAGAUUCCAUCAUUGAACUGAACUAACAGCUCUGUGGAAAUGUAUUUGUUUUAUGGGGAAAAUUUUGCUUGCCUUAUUAUUCGAUCAUGUCAUAAAUGAAAAUGGUAUUUUUAUUUUGCAUUGUAUCAUAUGUAUUUUGAUACUCAUGAUUUCUGAAACUGACCUACAUUUUUCUAUUGAUUCUGUGCUCAGAAUCAAACUGCAACAUUGAACUCAACUUUGUCAUGCAGGUCUACAUUCCAUGUCUGAUUUUACUGUAGGACGGAAAUUUAUCUCAGGUGCUGAGUAGAAACCUUAGCAAAGGUUUUCCAGAUCUCAUGCAAUAACGCUGAAAUCUGAAACAAAAUACGCUGUGCAUUUAUUGUUCACCCACAAAGAUUUUUUUUUGACCUAA